GCGUGAGUAGACAGGCAGAGUGAAGGCACACAGGGCUCAGAGCAUGUCGCCUCCUGUUGCUGCAGCUCACUGUGGGAUCUGCUGUCGACCUUUCACACUGUACACAUGAAGGCAGAGAGCUUUUUCGCGCCUCUCCUCGCUAUGUGCGACCCGGACCUUUGGAGGAGUUUACCAGCAAAACGUCUCCUCUGAGCCUGGAGGGGGGGGAUUUUAAAAAACGGGUUUGUCGUUUGCGGGGAUUUUCUUUUUCUUUUUUUGACACAACUUGUCAGAGAAGUCGUUCCUGCUACUACUGGUUCGGAGCUGCUUGCGGUGUAAAAGUGUAAAACAAGUAAAAGAGAGCAACAGAUGUUUCUGGUGGAUAUGCGGCCGGCUGAGGAAUGAAAGCAGCAGCGAGGCACCGGCGGCCCUUCCAGCGGUUCUGCUGCUGUGGAGUCGGGCUGGUCGCCGUCAUUUGGCUCGCGCAGGUCAUCCAGGCACCAGAGACAGAGUCUUUGGGGUUUCAGCCAGGCGUGAAUGGUGAGACGCUACAAUGGACACGAAGGUUAAUGCAGGAGAAGUCAGACAACCAGAGCCUGGAUCUGGAUCAGCCCCGAGCAGCCAUCCAUGAGUUUCCAGAGGACAUCUUCACCAAGGAGCAGAGGAAGAAUGGGGCUGUGUGUCUCCAUGCACUCUGUGCCAUCUACAUGUUCUACGCUCUGGCAAUUGUCUGUGAUGACUACUUUGUUCCUUCCCUUGAGAAAAUAUCUGAGAACCUUCAGCUCAGUGAAGAUGUAGCCGGGGCCACAUUUAUGGCUGCUGGAAGCUCAGCUCCAGAGCUUUUCACCUCUCUCAUUGGUGUCUUCAUCACUAAAGGGGACGUUGGCGUCGGCACAAUCGUGGGCUCAGCUGUCUUCAACAUCCUGGUCAUAAUUGGUUUGAGUGGAAUCUUUGCAGGCCAGACGGUGGUUCUGACAUGGUGGUCUCUCUUUAGAGAUUCCUCCUACUACAUCCUGUCAGUACUGACUCUCAUCAUGGUGAUCUAUGAUGCCACAGUCGUCUGGUGGGAGUCCUUACUGCUAAUGACGAUGUAUGGAAUCUACAUUAUCAUCAUGAAGUUCAACUCCCAGAUUUUUGUGUUUGUGACACGUCGGUUGAGGAGCAUCAGGCCGUGCUGCCUCCGAUCAGAAGAACGGCGAGACAACAAGUUGGGAGAAGACACCUCGGCGUGCAACACAUCUAUGGUGCUUCUCAACAAAGGCCAAGCCCAUGGUCAGGAGGCUUCUCCAGUCGUCAUGGUAGAUGAGCUUCUCAUCCUCAACCCUCACAAACUGUCAUUCUCAGAGGCCGGCCUGCGGAUUAUGAUUACCCCCCACUUCUCACCCCGCACCAGGCUCUCCAUGGCCGGACGCAUGCUCAUCAGUGAGAGACAGAGACUGCUCCGUAUUUCAAAAAAUCAACGGGACGUUGAGGCCGGACCCGGGUCAAGAGGGGGGUCCACCAGCAACAGUCUGAAGAGGACAGCCUCCUGCAGUCUGGAGAACGGAGGCGGGAGACCCGGGAUGGUCGACACAGAGUCAGGAGACAAGCCAGGGGCCGAGGUGUGCCAGCAAGAAGAAGAAGAUGAAGAUGAAGAUGGGAUUUUCAGUCCAGUGCGCAUUCCAGAUGGCUGGUGUGCGCGGGUAAAGUGGGUGAUCACAUGGCCUCUGGGCCUAUUGCUCUACUGCACUGUGCCUAACUGCAUUCUGCCACGCUGGCACCGCUGGUUCAUGGUCACCUUUGUGGCCUCCACUUUAUGGAUCGCUGUCUUCUCCUACCUCAUGGUGUGGAUGGUCACCAUCAUCAGCUUCACACUAGACAUCCCAGACUACAUCAUGGGCAUAACCUUCCUGGCGGCAGGGACAAGCGUGCCUGACUGCAUGGCGAGUCUGAUUGUAGCUCGACAAGGCAUGGGGGACAUGGCAGUGUCCAACUCCGUAGGCAGCAAUAUCUUUGACAUCCUGCUGGGUUUGGGUUUCCCCUGGGCUUUGCGUACACUUGUGGUGGACCACGGAUCAACAAUAUCCAUAAAUAAUAAAGGACUUGUAUAUUCUGUCAUCCUGCUGCUGGCGUCUGUGUUUCUGACAGUGCUGAGUGUUCAUCUGAACCGCUGGAGACUGGACCGUCGGCUGGGUCUGGGUCUCAUGUUUCUCUAUGCCAUCUUCCUGCUCUGCUCUAUCCUCUUUGGGCAGAUGUGAGGCCUACAGGUCAGAGGCCAACCCAAGCUCAGACACCAUGCUGAGUAUCUACCUUUCUACCACACGUCCUCUUUCCUGAAGCCAAAAAAAGGGAGAAAAAAAACGUGAUGGCAUUGUUGUGUUCCUCUUAUUGAUUCCUCUGCACCUCAGUGGGACUUUUUAGAGUGAUACUGUACACAUGCAACUACACAAAAAGUUUUAGCUUUUUUUUGUCCUUCUCGUACAGUGGAGUGUUUAAAAGUUGUCUUUAGGUAUUAAAUUGGGUGAUCUAGCAGAAAAUGUAGAAAUGUGGCAGAUGGAGGCAGCAGAUCUGUUGGGCCUUUAGUAAUAUUAAAAAAAAACACACACAAGUUAUGUAACUUAAAAAUGUUGAAGUGCUGUUGUUGCACAGUGGUGUGGUUAUUUAAUGGCCAAUAUUUUGAUGAUAAUUGUACAGAGAGCUGAGCUAAAUUUUUGUUUUUCUGUGUAAGUAUUACAGCAGCCACUCUGCUUUCCUUUCCCGCUAACAUGCUAUUACAAAAGCUUUAUGGUUGGUGCUAGACUGAUGAUUGGCUGUUCUGCUGUCAGGUGAUGGAUGAGGCUCAUGAUUAGGUCAUGUGGCAGCUAAAUUUGUCAGCUGUGGACUAAUUUGCUAAUUUGCUUUAAAAACAUUUUAAAUUGGUUUGGAGAUGAGGUGCACCAAAGGCCUCGGUUCUGAAGCAAGUCCAGCUUAAAAGGGAUGUUUUCUUAUCUGGCUUCAGUUAUCCUAAUAAAUCUGACAUGGUUAACUCAGAAAAGUCAGCCCAGGGUUUUUUUUAAAUUAGCAAUGAGUGAGUUCAUGUGAGAGGGACUGUGUUUGCAGAUGACCAUUCGUAAACAUGGACAAGUGUAUUGACAUUAUUGCCACAUGAUUUACAAAGAUUAAAACUGUAAUAUUAAAAGGAAAAAAAACAACCAAAUCAGAUAAGGUCAGACUUCAUAAUGCUAAAUGCUACAAAGCAGUGUACGUGUGACAGAAAGACAACUUUGCUCAUUAAAACAUAAAAUGCUAUAUGAGUAUAAGCCAUUUAUAGCUGAAUACAAAAUACUCAAUCACUGCUCGAUCAUGAAGGUAGAAAGGGUCUGGGUGUAAUUAGGCUACUACUCUGCAUUACUUUAAGGUGCUGGUUGCCUAAAUGAAAGUUCCUCUGGGGUUUAGGACAGCUUUGGCCGAAGUCCUUCAGUUGCAAACUAGUCAUUGUUACAUGUCUGAGAACAACACUGGCUCAUCACAGUGUAACACAAAAUCAUUUAAACUUCUGGUCUGUUGCUCUGUCCAGUUAGGAAUCACUGCGAAUACAUUUCACCUGCUUUGGUGCAAAUGAAAGUGACAAGAAGAUGAUGACCCCCAAAGACCGGCACUCUCUCCUGACUCUCUCCGGACUGAUUUUUCUCUAGAUUCGCCUUUUGCCAGCUUCCUUGUCACAGUAGUUGCAGUUGCAUUCAAGGUUUACGGGUUUUCCAGCUUCAGCAGGAUAACACAUCGUUUGGUGCUUUUGUAAAGAAGGAAGUGGGCUGUUACAUGAGAGAGAGCACUACAAAACUCAUCAAUCCUGCUGCAAGACUGCUGUCUUCUCCUGUAUACAAUGAGGAAGAAGAGUACUUCUAGAGCGCUGCAAAUGACCUCCAAUGGGUUACUCUUGCAUGUUUCUGACCAAGCUGUCUGAAACAGGUGGCCCUGGUCUCCUUUAGCGGGACCUGUUCUCACAGACCAGCCCCAUGUAGCCUGAAUGGGCUUCAGGUACCAUCACAUGCUACCACUACUAACAAGGAGUCUAGCAGAAAAGCAAAACUAGAAAAAACUAGAAAAAGCAAAACUAAAAAAGCCAUCAUGGGGGGUAGCCAUUCAUCUCCACUGCACUUGUUACUUUCAUUUGCACCAAUGCAGAUUCACAGUGGUUUAUGUUUAUGACUCUGUGUCAUACUGGGACGAUUAAGUGUUCACUCAUUUUAUUUUCUCAAACAGUGUAUGAAAAUAAUUCAGUCCAGUUAGUAGGCUUAGCUGACUUGCAAAUUUUACAUAAGGACAAUAAGUACAAAAGUUAGCUAUAGCUAUAUUAAUAAUUAUAGAACAAUGAAAAGGUUUAGAUUUGUACAAGUUACUCCUGCUAAGAAGUGAACUGUCUUUGUAAAACUAAAAACUCAAGCCCUUAAUCCUGGAUUAUAGUCCAGGACUCUGAGUCAUGAAAUAUUCGUUCAUCUCUAAUUUGAAAUAAAAUUUUAAAAAACAACCAAAAACUCCAAUAUAACUUAUAGCAAAGUAUUAAUCUCUUAAGCUCUUAGUACAGUUUUUUUAUGUCUGUAUUUAGUCUGAAAAUAAACUCAGAACUAAAUCUGUCAAGAAAACGCAGAGACGUAAAUACUUUUCUCUGAAAUAUAGAGGUGUAUAAGAGCAGAACUUGUCAAAGUGGAAAUGCUGCCAAACUGCCAUUGAUCUGGAGCUUUGGUUGGUGCACUCUAAGUGCAUCUCUUCAAAAACCCUCUACUCUUAAUGAGACUCCUACAGGCACAGUGAAAGGGCUAACAACCAAUCACCUCCCCCAGCUGAUCCAGUCCAGCACCAACCAAGAUUUAUUUGGAGAUACAUGUUAGCGACCCUAAGAGCAGAAAAAUCUGAAAUCUUUCCCAUUUCUGCUGGAUAGAUUUCAGAUCGCCCUGUUCUCCAUUCAUUUUAGAGCAAUAGUAAUACAGUAAAUUUACAUGUUCUACUUUUUUCAUUUAUUUAGAUUUUCAGUGGUAAUUCAGCCAAGCUAAUUCAUGACAACAUCACUACCUAGCUGACUUCACCAUCGCAACAAGGACAAAUGGUUUCUGCGAGGGUUCAUUUUACUGACCUGUGUCUAAUACUGAAUCCACAUAUUUUCACACAGGAAUUCAGUAUUUUUAAUUUCUGACUACAAAAAUCAAAGCGGCUGAGAAAGGUUUACACAGCUUGGAUGGAGGGCAAAAAUGAUGCAUCAACAGUACAAAUCCUACUCUGUAUACAGUACAGAAAAAUGUCUUUAUAAUACGGAAUAAGAUAUGUUUCUUUCCCCACAAUAAUAGGGAGAAAACCUCAAUAAUCAGGUGACCCCCUCAUAUGAGCAAGGCCAUGGCGAUAGUGGGAAGGAAAAACUCCCUUUCAUUAGGGAGGAACCUCCAGCAGAACUUGGUUCAGGGAGGGGCGGCCAUCUGCCAGUGAGGGGUAAGGGGGAGGGACACAGAAUAAUAAAGUCACUGUAGAAGAGGCAGAGAUUAAUAAUUACUGAUUAAAUGCCGAGUGGUGUGUAAGCACAUAGAGAAUGAAAAAAGGUGAGUUGGGAAUAAAGACUCGGUGCAUCAUGGGAAGCCCCCCCUCCCAGCAGUCUAGGUGUAUUGCAUCAUAACUAAGGGAGGCUUCAGGGUCAUGUGAUCCAGCCCUAGCUAUAUGCUUUAUCAAAAAAGGACAUUUUUAGGCCUAAUGUUAAAAGUAGAGAAGGCGUCCAAACAUAAGCAGGCGAAUAAAAAACAGGGAAACCACUGCAGUUUUGAAUCUUACCAACAAGAAAUAACUUUUCAAUCACAUCACAGGAGUUUCGCAUCAUAUUUGGCACAAUUUAAGCUGGUCAUUUCAAGUCAUUUUGUCCGUGCUGCGAAGAGAUUACGAAUAGAGAUUUUCGAAUAGCCUCGUAUUUUCUGAAUGUAGCUGACGUUUGUGUGAAAAUAUUUACAUGCAUUCAAAUGUAGCAGCUGGCACUGAGUUACAGCAGAGCACGUCAAACGAGAAAGUGGGUACUUUUUAGUCCUGCACCACAGGAAACCAUACAUGCGUCAGACUGUUUUUAAUACAGCCGAAAUGAAAUGCACAGUUUCACAAUAUUUUGACAAUUUUGCCUGAUUCUAAGCACGUGUUGCUGCAGCUUACUGUAAGUAAAAAGAGUAGCAGUAGUACUACGUUUUGUUUUGUUUUUUUCGUUUUGAGGUCUUAUUACUAUGAAAUCUAAUAUAUAUAAAAAUAUCAGUGUCACAGAUUUUAAUGACUUUAUGUGCAGGUUACUAGUAAAACGUCACGUUUAGGUACGACUAUCGAUGUUUGUAUUUCUUGUACGUUUUAUGCGAUCGUGUCACUUUGGUGGAACAUUGUGCAGCAAAGCAGCCGAUCAGGACAGACACAAAACAGCGCGCACACGCAGAGACGCAUCUGCUGUGUAUUUAUCGUGUCAAAAAUCGCUUUGUGUUAAACAAUAUAUACUCAGAUACACAGUGUAAUUGUUGGUUUCUGAUGGACAAACUGUCCUCUUUUAGCUUGUUGUGUGAAUUCAAAUCUUAAAUGUUCCAGCAAAGGGAUCCAGGUGAUUUUUUUUCUUCCUUCAAAUGGCUGUACAAUUAUUAUCUUUGUCUAUUCGACAAUACUUUUUACUGUUUGUAAAUGUUAAAUAAUUUACAUAGUUUUACAAUAAUGAAUGUCCUACAGAGACUAGUUUUGUGGUGUUUUUAAAUAUAUUUUUUAAAUACAUGAUGUAAAGUUAAUUGUGAGUUAUUGUAAUGGAAACGAAUGCGCGCUCUGCCGGUGCGUUCAGUGACCUUUUUAAGGCGGUAAUCUUUUGUUUCAUGGCUGAUUCACUGACACGGCUGGGCUUCACGUAAGAGAGCAAAGAAGUCGACGCUCCCAUUUACAGGUUUAAAUUCAGUGAGAACUUUGAAAUUUGUGAGCAGAAAACAGUGAAUUUCUUUUAUCUGUGCCAAGUUGUUUAGUUGGUUGUCUGCAGUGGAGGCAAAUGAAGCUUAUUUUUAAUUAACUUUAAUUGACUAUUAGACUUUUUACUUUGCCUUUUAACUAGUUAGGUGUGUAUGAUUUUGGAUGAUGACAUUGUUUUUGUAAUUAUGCCUCUGUACACGACCACGUCUGUAGACUUCAGCCAGCCAUUGAUUGCAAAGGGUUUUCAUCCAAGUAUUAAAAACAAACUUUCUAUUUAAAAUGAUGCUGUCCAAAUCAUUUUAAUAUUUAUAAAUACAACUGUAAAAACCCGUUGAAUCAAAGCCUAAAAUCUGCAUUUUAAUCACAUCUAGACCGUUUUCACAGCACCACAGUGAAUUUUACAUCAGAGGUGAAAUUACAAAAAGUGUCAAUUAUCCAAAUAUUUAUGGGCUUAACUGUAUAUUUCAGAUCACAGCAACAGUCUCGCAUGUUAUCAAAGUCCGGUUUUAGAUUGAUUUGCUUUGAUAUUUUGUCGAAUUAAUGAGCAGGUUCCAAAAAUGGUGGCGUGCAGUCAAGGUUCAGAGGUCUGUUUUUGUGCAACACUCACAAUGAAAGGGAAACGUUUACUCAAUGCUGAAACUUGUUUUGUUUUUUUAAAUAGAAAUUAAUCAUCAUAAUAAUUGCUGACAUAUUAAGCUGCUAUUGCGUAUUCAUUGGCCAACACUGGCCUUGUUCACUUUUGUUGGCAUAUCAGUAAAUAACAUGUCACUGGCCAACAUUAAUGUUAUAAUUUUUUGUGCGGUUCAAACUUUCAAAGGAGCCAUGAUGAAGAUCUUUGUUCUUUUCACACAGGAGGGACAAAUAUGUAACUAAAAUUACAGAAACAGGUGAUAUUUAUAAUGAUUUCCUCUAAGGUUCUGAUUUUGACUGUCAGUGUUGUUUGUAAUGUUUUCCCAACUCAAUAUCUUAAUCCAUUAUUAUUAUUAUUAUUAUUAUAGAAAAAGGUAUAGGUAAGCCUUCAUCUUAGAGCCACUACAGGCAAACAGGGAUAAAAUGUUGGGUGAAAAUUUGCCUCAUAAAGUGGCCGCCCCCACAGUCUGAGUAUCACUAUACUUAAAGUUUAAUUGCCAAUAUGAGCACAGAAUAUCAGGUAAUGAUUGCAUUCAACUUUUUCCUAUCAUCUCCAUCCUUCAUCCAUCAAAAUUUGUUCUUUUGCCAGCAGUUUACUUAACCUCCUAGGACCUGGCGUCCACAUAUGUGGACAUCACAUUUUGGGACGUCUAGACCAAAAUACUUAAUUUUUCUCUACAAGGGCCUGAUAUCCACUUACGAGAACAUUAUACUGCCACUGUUCUAUCAAAAUUUGAAACAAAUGCCCUCAUAUGUGGAUCUCAUUUUUGUCAAAAACAAAAAUUAGGUAAAAAAAAAAAAUUGGUAAUUCUUUGUUUUUACAUUCUUUAGGUCCCAAUCAACCCAAAUAGCAAAGAAAAAUUAAAAAUGCAUGACAUGAAAGAGCUCGGGUCUUAGGAGGUUAAAGCAGUGUGUGACACCAGAGUCUUUUUUCACUCCGCUGUAAGCUCCUGAUACACACCUCAUAAUAAGCAGCGUCAGAACAGCUCGACUUGCUGCAGUACUUGUUGUGGUUUCACCACAAAAAAGCAAAAUGAUAAAAAAAAAAAAAACAAUGUUCUGGUUAUUCUGCUGUGAUGUUGGAAAUAGAAGAUAUUUUAGACUACAAAUUUACUGCUAUAGAGAUUGUAUUGGAUCAUAGAAGACUGUUCUUGUAUCUUGAGUGCAAUAAAAAAAAAAGUGCAAUAACAACUGAUUUUCUUAACAUUUUUUUGUAAGAAGCAGUGAUUUGCAAAAUGAUGAAGGUGCCACUUUACGUGGUCAGUCCCACUGGACGUCUAGAAGGGAAAAGGUUUAGUGUGGUGACCAGCGUCUAAUGGAGGAAACCAGAAAAGAAAUUGGGCCACGGCCAAACUAGGUGAUUAACACAAUUUUGCUCACUUAUUUAACUGAGAACUAAACUGAAGGUGAAUUCUGGAGA